CCCGAGAACGUUCGGAUUGGCUGGGAGGGAGAGAGGAGCCAGACGCUGAUUGGCCCACGCCGGUCACGUGGCGCUGGUGGGGCCGUGACGCCCGCGGUGGCGGAGGGGCUCGGCUUGUCAGAGUCCCCAGAAAAGAAGAGUAUAUUUCAGGAAGUGAAAAUCAGAAGAAGUAGCUGCUGACAUAAAGAGAAGUGUACUAAGGAUCGUUUCUUGAAGAAAAUUUUUUAAGCAUGGUUUGUGUUCUGAGAAUAAACACAUAGUGGAUGAGGCUUAUUUCCAUAACUUCCUGGAAGAGUUAACAGAGGCAAGGAACUGCAGGAAGAGAGGAACGAUCCUGAGACUCAGGCUACCGUGGAGAUCGCUCUAGGUUCUGAUUCCAAAAUCUGAAAUUUUAUGUGAUGUGGUGAAGAGCCUGUAUUUUCCCCUGUGCGGUAUAUAGCGCCUUAAAAAAUGGGGUUUGGAGGUGACCUGAAGUAUUCUCACGAUGCUUUAUUAAAACUGCAAGACUGGGAACUACGACUGCUGGAAACAGUGAAGAAAUUUAUGGUAAUGCGAGUAAAAAGUGAUAAGGAGUAUGCCUCCACUUUACAGAAUCUUUGUAAUCAAGUUGAUAAAGAGAGCACUUGUCAGUUGGACUAUAUCAGCAACGUGUCCAAGUCUUGGUUGCUUGUGGUGCAGCAAACAGAACAGCUGAGCAAAAUAAUGAAGACACAUGCAGAGGAUCUUAAUUCUGGGCCUUUGCAUAGGCUUACAAUGAUGAUCAAAGAUAAGCAGCAAGUUAAGAAGAGUUACGUAGGUGUUCAUCAACAAAUUGAAGCAGAGAUGUACAAGGUCACAAAGACAGAACUAGAGAAACUAAAAUCUAGCUAUAGACAACUAAUAAAAGAAGUAAAUUCUGCCAAAGAAAAGUAUAAAGAAGCUGUGGCUAAAGGAAAGGAGACUGAGAAAGCCAAAGAUCGAUGCGAUAAAGCCACUAUGAAGCUUCAUAUGUUGCAUAAUCAGUAUGUCUUGGCACUGAAAGGAGCACAGUUACAUCAGCACCAGUAUUAUGAUACUACACUUCCUCUGUUACUUGAUUCACUACAGAAGAUGCAAGAAGAAAUGAUUAAAGCCCUAAAAGGAAUCUUGGAUGAGUAUAGCCAGAUCACCAGUCUUGUUACAGAAGAGAUUGUGAAUGUCCAUAAAGAGAUCCAGACCUCGGUUGAACAGAUAGACCCUAACUCUGAGUAUAAUGACUUCAUAGAUACUCACAGGUCAUCAGAAGUUGUUGAACAAGAAAUAGAGUUUGAUACGUCUUUACUAGAAGAAAAUGAAAAUCUUCAAGCUAAUGAGAUCAUGUGGAAUAAUCUAACAGCAGAAAGUUUACAAGUUAUGUUAAAAACAGUAAUAGAAGAACUAAUUCAGACGCAGCAAACCCUUUUGAGCAAAGAGGAACUUGUGUUGGAACUGGAGAAAAAAAUAGAAGAGUCUUCUAAGACUUGUGAAAAGAAAUCUGAUAUUGUACUCUUGCUGAGCCAAAAGCAAGCGCUGGAAGAACUUAAGCAAACAGUUCAGCAGUUAAGGUGCUCUGAGGCAAAAUUUGCAGCCCAGAAAGAACUGCUGGAACAAAAGGUUCAAGAAAAUGAUGGAAAAGAGCCACCACCUGUAGUGAAUUAUGAAGAAGAUGCCAGAUCAGUGACUUCUAUGGACAAGAAGGACAAAGUCUCAAGAUUUGACACUAUACGUCAUUCCAUAGCUGGAAUUAUACGGUCUCCAAAAUCUAUGUUGGGCUCAUCGUCGUUCUUUGAUGUAAUAUCAACCACUGAGAAACCACUGGCUGAGCAAGACUGGUAUCAUGGUGCAAUUCCAAGAAUAGAAGCCCAGGAGCUGUUAAAACAGCAAGGAGACUUCUUGGUGCGAGAGAGCCACGGGAAACCUGGUGAAUAUGUCCUUUCUGUGUUUUCAGAUGGACAACGGAGACACUUUAUCAUACAAUAUGCUGAUAAUCAGUAUCGUUUUGAAGGAACUGGGUUUCCAACUAUUCCUCAGCUCAUAGAACAUCAUUACACAACAAAGCAAGUUAUUACAAAGAAAUCUGGUGUUGUUCUGCUGAAUCCUGUUGUUAAGGAUAAGAAAUGGGUUCUCAAUCAUGAAGAUGUCACACUGGGAGAAUUACUGGGCAAAGGUAAUUUUGGUGAGGUGUACAAGGGAACGUUAAAGGAUAAAACUCCCGUUGCUGUAAAAACUUGUAAAGAAGAUCUUCCUCAGGAAUUGAAAAUAAAAUUUCUGUCAGAAGCCAGAAUACUCAAACAGUAUGAUCAUCCUAAUAUUGUAAAACUUAUAGGAGUUUGCACACAACGACAGCCUAUUUAUAUUGUUAUGGAACUUGUUCCAGGAGGUGAUUUCCUGUCCUUUUUAAGAAAAAAGAAGGAUGAGCUAAAAACCAAACAGUUGGUGAAAUUUUCAUUAGAUGCUGCUUCUGGUAUGGCGUAUCUCGAAUCUAAAAAUUGCAUACAUAGAGACCUGGCUGCAAGGAACUGCUUGGUUGGUGAAAGCAACAUUCUGAAAAUAAGUGAUUUUGGAAUGUCCCGGCAAGAGGAUGAUGGUGUGUACUCAUCGUCAGGACUAAAGCAGAUUCCUAUCAAGUGGACUGCUCCAGAAGCUCUCAACUAUGGGAGAUACACAUCUGAGAGUGAUGUAUGGAGCUUUGGAAUCCUUUUGUGGGAGACCUUCAGUUUAGGAGUAUGUCCGUACCCUGGGAUGACCAACCAACAAGCACGAGAACAAGUCGAGAAAGGCUACCGAAUGUCAGCACCGCAAAAAUGUCCAGAAGAAAUAUAUAAAAUAAUGCAGAGGUGCUGGGACUACAAACCAGAAAACCGGCCAAAAUUCAGUGAGGUUCAAAAAGAGCUGUCUUCAAUCAAAAAGAAAGUGACAUAGUGAUAAACAAGUGCCAAACUCAAUGUGUGGGACUUUAUUUUCCAGUGAAAUAAUUUUUUCCCCUCAAACACUAUGCGUUUAUACAACAUUAUUUGCAAUAUUCUUCUAGGAUUACUUUGAAAUUAACUUUUUCUUAUAUACAUGUGUACCAUCUUGAAUGAUGUCUACACCUGCAUUAAAGACAUAUACUGCAAAAUGCUAUAUAUCCAGUCACAGUAAUAUUGUCAUUUAGGUUACAUGUAAAUAGAAAAGCACACACUAUAGAUUUAAGGGACUGUGGCUUCUAUCUGUUUUACAGCAAGUAACUGCUAGUGACAGUUUUCAGAGGUUUUCUACUUUAACCUGUGUUCUCGCUCUGCUAUCCCUGUCCCAUAUGUCAUCACCAGCAGUACUAUAAUGUGGUGACUGUCAUACAUGUUGGCCUUAAAACUGAAGACAGUUUUGACAAGUAUUUCAACUAGAAACUUUUAUAUUUUUUGAAUUCUUACUGCAACUGAUAUUUUUAACUGACACUUUAAGGAUGAAGGUCAGUUAGAUUCUGGAUGCAAUCGUGCUUACUGAACAGUGAAAUCCAGAGUUUUGUUUUGUAGAAAGUUGAGUUACUUGUGCAUUUCUUACCAAACUGUAGUAAGUACUUCUGAUUUUUUAUGUGAUUUACUUAAGCCAAUGCUUUUCUUCCUACGAAGCCAACAGAAUUCAGUAAUAUUUCUCCUUUACAAUGACUUAUGCUUAUUUAAGAAACAAAAAACCCAAUACCAAGUCUUGACUACACGUUACAGUAUACUGCAAAUCAUCUGCCUUCCAAAGAACAUGUAAAAGCAGUAGGUCAGCAGGAAGAGGUUUACUAACAAUAGCAGCAGAUAACAAAUAUCAUUGAUCUUAGAGGAGUUAAAGAAUGUGAAUUGCUAGAUUUGCUUUUGAUCCUGAUGUUUUCCUUAAAUUGGUAAUAAUUCUCAGAAUGUAGCUGGAAUCUACAAAAGUUUAUGCUAAGCAAAAGUACAUUCCAUGCAUAGUGUCCAAAGUAAAAUACUACUUCUCUAUGGCUAUAGGAAAUUGUUCAAGAAACCAAAAUAAAGAUGUAUGUUUAAAGCCUCUGACAAGCUGAGCAAGGCAGAGUAGAAAUACUAACCUUCUAGCUUUUUUUAAAUCAUUGCAGUCAGAUUUCAAAAGACUGGGGAUAGGCAAGUUUUAAAUGCCACCAAGAAUAAAAACCUUGUGUAUAUAUAUAUAGAUAUAUAUAUUAAAAAAAAGAAAAAAAAAGAGAAAAUCCACUAGAAAGAAUAAAAAAUUACUAGAUAGAGGAGGGAGGAAAGGCACAGUUUGUUACUAUGGGUCCUCUUUGCAGGAAUUAUUUUCUAGGGCCCUUCACAGAAAUAAGAACAAGUUACAGUAUCCUGGCCCGAGUUCCAGAGUUAAGGUGCUUACAAUUUUUCUAAUAAUUAACUAAAUUUUUUUGGAUCAAGGGAUGUCAGUUGCUGCGAAUGCAAGUAAGAAAUGGGGACUGUAAGUGACACAGUCUGGAAUACUAAUUAGCCCUGUAUUUUAUUGUUACAGUGGGAUUGAGAUGUAGUGAAGUCAGUGGCUACAUUACAUUUUUACUUCUGUUCAGGUGACUUUUCUGUUGUCCACAACAUUUUUGCUCUCUAAAGUGUAUUUAUAGUAGUACUGAGUGGUAAUGUUGAAGGGCCAUGUGUGACCAAAUUAUCUGUAGUCUAGAAGAGUUUGUCUGUUACAUUGGAGUUAGUGUCCAAAUAAAAGAAUGAAUGAUCGUGCUGGAGCACUUCAGCUGUAUUUGAGGUGUAACUGUCCAAGUAUAAGGAAUGGUGAGUGCUUCUUGAAUUUCUUAAGUGAUUUUUUUUCUUGGAGCUAAGGAAGCAUAUACAUACCCAUGAAGGUAUAGUGCUUGGAAAACUUGGUGGCAUAAAUUUAAGCUUCCUUGUAAGCAUACUGGAUAUAUUUACUUAAUUCUCUACUUCCAAGUAGCCCAAAGAUAUUUUUCAAGAGCAGGGGGCAACAUUCUUGUUAGUUUCUAUGCUUUUCAGUAGUACACAAAGUUUGUGCCUUAAUUUGCUAGUAUGCUAAUGCAAAUACAAGUAUACUAAGUUUUAAGGAAUGUUCCAUAAUCAUUCGGAAAAUCCAACGGCAGGUCUUUAUGUAAGCAUCACUAAUGUCUGCAAUUAAGGAUAAUGGUAUCUCCUCUGUCAGCAUUCGUAACUUCUCUGGAGAGUUAAUAUUCUUCUUCUGUGAAAGAGAUGAACUGUUUCUUUGCUAUAUGCCCUCUUGACAGCAAAGAAAUACUGUUUUAUUUUUAUAAAAUAAAAUACUGUUUUAUUUGUCUUAAUUAACCAGUUACCAUCCAGACUCUCACGUAAAGAUAAAAAUUGUACUCAUAUUUUAUUCUGAAAUAGUUAACACUUGUAAUUCAUAUCACACUUCUGUUUAAAUUUAAAGACUUUUUAAAACAUGGGAUUUCUACAGCAGCAAGAAAAUUUAUUAUUAUUCCUGAGGUAGGCAUCAGUUCAGUUCAAAAAUAAUAACUCUUUGGUACAAUACUAGAAUGAAUUUAUAGGUAUAGAAUAAAAUUAAACACAGGUGCAUGUCUCUUCAAUUUUUAAACAGUUUUCUUAUCAUUAACUUGGCAGUUUGUGGCAGAACUUGUUCAUCAUGCCUCACUUGUAAUUAUUGCAGUUAUACAAUUUAGGAAGUGAAGUCCAUACCUAUAGAUACUGGUUUUAAGCUUUUUUAAAUUUCUUACAGGGGAGUUCACAAAAAAACCUGCCAUACAAUGAAAUUUAAAAGACGUGGUAUUCAAGUACCAAAUCCACCAUAUCUGAGUUCUGUGGACUUUUGAUGACUUAGUCUUGCAUUAUUCAUAGGUUAGCCAGAUACUUGUCAUUUGGGUCAUGUACUGUGUUUAUCCUAGAGAAAUUACACAAAAAUUAAAACUCAGUCUCUUUUGCAAGUGUAGUGUUUCAGGUACGUUCUAACCCCGCCAUUGUCCCAACCAGGGGGAGCCUGAGGGAAUCCUGAAUUUUUUAUGCUGUUAAAUGGGAGAAACUCUGAAUACUGUUAAGGGUCAGGUAGAAAUACCUCAGCCUGUUACGUGAGAUGGAAUUCAACACCUUCUCUCUUAUUUUCAUCUUUUUCCAAGGAAUUGCAUUCAUCAUUUUAAGAAAGAUUGGUUUGUGGGCAAAAAAUGCAUCCUUUACUUUGCUGUCAGUAGAAAUGAAGCAUAAGUGUUAGCUUCAGAGUUCAGUCAUCAGCGAAAUCAUGAGAAUUCCUAAGCAUUUCAAUUUUAUGGAAAAUAAAAUAGUGGAAAGUGUCUUGUCUGAAAACAAACCUUGCUUCAGCAAAGUGUGAUUUUGUAUAGUCAGCAUCCCACCAAGACAUUCUCUUUGGCAUCUACAUUUUCAUUAAUUUCUAAUUAAACCAAUGAACUAGUUUUUCAUUUAGCAAAUACAGUUAUGUUGCAUUUCUUCUUAACAAAAAUCUGCCUUUUUGCAGAGUUGCCAAAUACUUUUAUUGGAAGUUGUUAUUGGAACAUGCAUCACCAGAAGGCUAUCAGUAAGGACUGCAGUUUGAAUAGGAAGCCUGAUCUUACUGAUGAGAAACAGAAAACUGGUUAAGGAAAUACUAGGUUAUUCAUCUUAAGUAUUUUUUCAUCCAUGUCUUUGACCAUCUGUUAUGCUUACUCAAAUCCUGCAAGGACAUAACUAAAAAUUACUGCACAUUGCUAAAACUGACUAUGAAGUUGUCCUUUUGUUAUCUCUUAUAACUAUUUUGUUAUCCUUUUUGCACCCAUUGUAAAGAUACUAAAGAAAAAAAAAACACUUUUAUGAGGUUACAGAGUAACCAACUCUCAGAAGCAUUUUAAAAUGUCUCCUCCUCCCCAAAUUUUCCCAUAUGUGCUGCUGCAUGGAUACUAACAGUGCUGGUUAACUACUAGCCUUGUUUCCACUAUUAUUGCCGUCAUGUCCUCUAAAUGGCAGUGCCACUGACACAUUUGAAAUAGUGAAAUAUUUGAAGAGAUGAGUUAGUGUGUAAAUAGUGUCAUCAAACGUGAUAUUCAAGAACAGUAGUUCUGAAAAUGGCUGGUUGUCACAAGUAAUGAUAACUCAUUAUAAAGAUGGAAUAAAAAGAAAGGCUAAUUGAGAGAAUCCACUUUCUAUAACAGCUGUCCUGUUUGUAGGCAAUAGAAAUGUUUGUUAUGCCAGUGCACUUGGAUUUGUAACAUUUUUAUGACUGAGCGUAAGAUAGUUUGCUAUUAAAAGACAGUUUACCAAUUAAUUUUUUUUCCCUCAGGCACAAAGGACAUGUGAUAUUGUUGGAAGCAUUCUUGCUAGGCAGUCAGCAUAUGUGGAGGGAAGAAUACCCUUACUGCCAAUCAUGGUACAUAUUUUUUUUCUUCUUAGAAUUGUAUUCAUGCAGUCCUUCACUUUAUGGAAUACACGAUUUUAAUUAGUAAUUGGAAAGUACAGGGCAAGUUCCAAGCAACCAUGAAUUUUUAAGAGUGAUCUGGUAAAUUUGGAACAUCAGCUCUAUUAAAAAAUGUUUUCUUCUAGUUUCCCUCUGCAGAUUUACUGUAAAAAAAAAGGAGUCUUUAAACAAACAUCAGUGACAACUUACAGGAAAAAUGCAUCAACCUCAGAAACCUAUCAAGCUUCUUUCUGAGUAACUUCAGCAAAGAAUAUUUUUUGUAAUUUUGUACUAGAAUUCACGCAGGAUAGCUUUCCUUUCUAAAAAAUCUAAAAAUAGUAAAAAAGAAAGCUUAACAAGCUGAAAGCUCCAAGUUGAAACAGAAGAACAGAAGAAUCCUUUCACUUGUCACAUUCUGAACAGUCUUUCAAGUAUUGCCACAGUUUCUUUCCUGAAACUGAUAAUGUACCUGUGAUUUCCAGCUCUUACAUAUUUUUCAGCAUUGUAUAUUAGCGCAUUAUUAACACCCAACUUUACUUUCAGACCAAGGAAGGGAAGACUCUCUCAUUGAAAAGUGCAGCAAGUUCUGCAUGGUAGCUCCCACAUUUUCCGUAACUUCCACAUUCAGUUAUCAGAGUCAGUGCGUUCAUUAUAAUAAGCAGCACACAGAACAGGAGCUGGAAGCUAGAUGUUAUCUUUAAAUCAGCAGCUAAUCCCCCCAAAAUUUCACACAUUUGGCUCAAGAAGCUGACUUCGUUUUGAUUCUCUGUCAAAUAAGCAAAAGCAAUUUCUGUAUUUCAGCCCUAUUACUAAUCUAUAAAACAGGAAGGUUCAGAGACAUAUUUACUAUUCUCCCCAAGGGAAUGCUACCUCCACCAAUAACCAUGUUACCCUUAUGUCCCUCUGUCUCUUUGGCAUAAAAUUCUAACGAACGUAUGUCCACCUGUAGAACUUGGGUGUUAACUCUGAGUUGUUUCAUUUUCAGGUAGUUGGGUAUUAUUAGCUGGUUUUUGAAUACCGUUUUCUCAGACAUCAUCUAGGCAGGACUUAAAUUAGAAUUUUCAAUGGCUUGGGGUGGGUUUUGUGAGAUGAAGGACUAAUUAGAUUGCUAGCUACAUGCAUUGUUAUUUUGCAGCUAUUUCAGAUUAUAGCUAUGAGUAGUUCAUGUAUAGAUCUCAGAUCAUGUAUGCAUUCUCCAAAUUAAAAACUGUUAGCCAUACUUACAAAAAAAUGGAUAAAUAAAGCCCUCAAGUAUAGUUGACUGAGGUCAUAAAGUGAAAACAUAGAAAUACAUUCUUUCAUCCUCUAUCCUUCCAGAAUUGAAUGCUUUGUAAAUAAAACUUGGAAUAACUGGCUUUGUGUUUAUAGGUAAAUAUGAAUUGUGAACCAGUAUGAUAACCUCGUACUCACAUUGCAACUAGCAAAGAAGAUUUGGAAAAAAGUGUUCCUAAAUUGCUACUAUUUGGAACAGUCACCUACUUGUAGAACUACAAAUGUUUAUCGUUAAGUACAUAAGUUUUGUAAGUACAGUAAGAGAGACAGCGCAUGCUUUUCCGUUGAAACCCUUUAUUGACUUAAGGCAAUUAUGUUUUAAAAUCAGAUUGAUCAGUGAUUCCUUCUAGAUUACACAUGUUGAAAGUAUGAGCCAGAAAUCACCACCACUAAAAAAAAGAUCCACACUACUGUCUUUAUAUACAGUCAGCUCGGUCUUUCUCAACAUACAAAGAACUCCGUAAUUGUUAAAUGCAGUAGUAAUGAAAAAAUCCUUGGAUUACUGAUAUGUAAACUAUUUCACACUGAUCUUUUGCUUCAAUUAUUAAAGAAUCUUUCUGCUUUUUGAAAAGGGCUACAGUAAACUUACAGUUCUAGCUGAGCUCUGCUGUAAUAAUCUGGCCUGUUGCAUCUCCCAAACAUUUCCUAAUUCUGAUGGCUCCAUGUACCAUAGAUGGUGCCCUUUCAUUUACUUCAGAAAAGUUACUCUUGUGACAGAAAAGUUCAAAUAUAUCCCUACUUUUGUUUGACUCAAAAAUAUUGUAGUGGCAUUCUACCUUGACAGGUAAUGUGUUUGUAUGAAAACUGAAGUAACUAUGAAUCGAGGUGAAGCACAUAUUGUUCAAAUCAUGUUUUUAAUCAAGUUUCAAACCCUAAAUAUACUGUGAAUUGUCCACAUCAUAAAAGACAUUAGAAAAGCAACAUUCCUGACUGCCUAGUUUAUAAUAUAGAGCAUCCUGCUCCCACUGGGGAACAAUAUAAAGCUAAAUAUGCUCCUUGAAAAAGAAAUUAUUUUGCUGUCAGACCAGAUCCAAACAAUAUCUUCAAAAGCAGCAACUUAAUUCCAACUAAGCCUUGUUAUAAACUUCCUUCUUAAAAACCUUUCCAAAUAAUGUUAAUUUUCAUUAUUGUUAUCCAUUUUGCUUUUAGAAAUUUGAUGUUUUACAUUAUAAAACAUUUACUUAUAAUGGUAAUUAUACCCCACCACCACCACCAUGAAGUGCUGAGACUUGCAACUUCAGAAGAUAAGCAUUGCUAAGUCAGUAAAAGUCUACAGGGAACUGAUCUUUCACUAGGUGUCUGAGUUGAUAUGACUUAAUGCAUUUUAAAUAUCACUAAAGUAAUUGGUUCAAUUAAAAUCUCUUAUAGAACAGCACUAUUCCUUGUUCAAGAUAUCUCAGCAAUAGCAAUAUUUGUAUUUGACUUGACCUUAACAGGAAGGUAAAACUACCUUCCUUCCUCUCUAGUUUAUCAAGGAAGGGAACAGCUGAGUUCAAGUAGCCAAUUCAGAUGCUGUCAGCAAUUCUGAUACGUCACGUGGAUGCAACCAGGAUGCCAUAGAGAAGGUCUUGCAGUCUGCAUGGCUCCUCUAUAAUACACCUGCGCUCACUAUGAGUCUCCAAUUAAUCCACCAGAGACUGGAAUUUUACCAUAUCUGAGUGUGGCUGAUGCCUUAAAUCACCUGAAGUUGUAGCGCUUAAGGAGAAACAGUGAUGUUUUUUUCUUUGUCACGAAAUGCAGAAAUGUGAUGUAAAAUGGGGAGUCUCUGCAUUAUUUUCCUUCCCUCCACCUCCUGCUUGGUCAUGUCACAGAUUCAAAGUCUUCAAUAGAUGGAACAACUAGAAACCUAUCUGUUUCCGCUGUUUGUUGUAUCAUUACCUGUAACUGGCAAGUUAACUUGUUUUUACCACCAAGCAUCCCACGUAAUUUUUGCUAAAAUGCUAAAAAAAUGUAGUAGGAAAAAGCUCAUGAUAUAAGCUCGUCACAUAGGACACAAAAGGCAAGCAGAUUCCUACAAAGAAAUUUUGAGGACUGAAAGCCAACAAUAAACACCUGUCUUGUCCCUUCUGUUAAAGGAGUGUGUGGUUAUAUGCAUGUUCAAAUGACUUCCAGAGAUGAAACUUGGACUAAGAUUGGUAGGACUGCUGUUUUUUCAGUUGCAUGUGUUACUUUUCUUUUGUAUAAUUGUAGGCAGCUGGAGACAGAGGAGGAGCACUGGGGAAGGAGGGAAGGUUGGUUCACUGACCCACUAGCACACCCAAGACUUUUGACACCAGUAACCUUGAGUAGGGCACAGAUACCGUUUGCAAACGUGUUUAGAUUUCUAUUCAAUUUUGUGCCAAAGCAUGCACCAGCAAGUUUAAUAUCAGGUAAAGCACCUUUUAUACUCUUUGUUGUUUAAAAAUAAUAUAUUUGUGAAACAGAUUGAUAAUACAUGACACUGGAAAUGGGUGCUUCUUCCCAAAAGUACACAUGUAAAAAAAAAAAAAGGAAAUAACAUUUGUGAGUUUAUCUGGCUUUUAAGCAAGUCUGAAAAUGAUAACUAUGUAAUACAGUUGCCAGUUGUCUAUCCUUUAUAAUUUUAAAUAGAACUGCAUUUUAACUUUAUUUAUUUGCCAAUUUUUUAUAUACGUUAAAGUUACACUUUUGAACUCAAGCUUAACUUUUGAUUUUCCUGGGCUGUUAAAAACCAGAAUUUCCAUAUUCUUGUAAACUGCAGAUCAUUUCUGAAUAUUCCUUUGUCUUUUCCUAUGGACCAGUUACCACUAACAAAUCUGCAGUCCCCUUUUUACUGUACU